GAAGACCCCUUCACUGCUGUUUCGCUGGAUCUUAACCAGGGCGGAGCCAAAUGGAGCGUCCAAGCUAUGGAUUCUUCUCCCGUGGCUCUUCAUAAUCAUCACUGUGCUUCUUCUUCUUCUUUCUCGCUUGCUUGUCUUGUUCUUGUUAUGAAAGCUUGCUUGUUAUGAGAGCUUGAUCUCCUCGAUCGUCCGAGGUAUAUCACCUGAGAGAACGACCGUCUCGAUAGCCGCGGAGUCGAUGCUCCAUUGCCAAAAUCUUCUAGUCCCCGAUCACCAAGCUCCAGCUAUGGCGUCCCCGGCUGCUCAAGAUCCCUCUUGGUGGCAAACUCCCGGCCUGGAGGCUGCGAAUUUGCCAUGCCGGGGCUACAACUUUCGUGGUGCUGGCUUCCACUCCUCGACGAGGGAUCACGAUUACCAGCAGCAGCAGCAGUACCAUGGCUUGCAGCAGCUCAACAAGCAUCAACACGGGCAGGACGUGGAGUGCCUCUCCAAUUUGACAACCUCGGCUUCCACUGCUGGUGAUUCGUCGCCCGGUGAUGUUUAUCAGUCGAAUCAUCGUCACCAUCAACAGCAUCUCAUGGUGGCUUCGCUCCAAGCUGCUGCUACUGCUUCCUCGGCCGCCGCCGCUGCCGCUGCUUACAAGAGAAAACGAAGCCUCCCUGGAACACCUGAUCCGGAGGCCGAGGUAAUCGCCUUGUCUCCCAAGACCUUGAUGGCCACCAACAGAUUUAUCUGCGAGAUUUGCAACAAAGGCUUCCAGCGAGACCAGAACCUCCAGCUCCACCGUCGGGGCCACAAUUUGCCGUGGAAGCUCCGGCAGCGAAGCAGCAAAGAUGUUCGCAAGCGCGUCUAUGUGUGCCCGGAGCCCAGCUGCGUCCACCACGACCCGUCUCGAGCGCUGGGCGACCUGACGGGCAUCAAGAAGCACUUUUGCCGCAAGCACGGCGAGAAGAAGUGGAAGUGUGACAAGUGCUCCAAGAAGUAUGCCGUCCAGUCCGACUGGAAGGCUCACUGCAAGACGUGUGGGACGAGAGAAUAUCGUUGCGACUGUGGCACUUUGUUCUCGAGGAGGGAUAGCUUUAUCACACACCGAGCUUUCUGUGACGCUCUGGCCGAGGAGAGUGCUCGAAUCUCAGCGGCCCAGAAGCAGCAAGCAGAAGCCCAGCAAGCCCAGCCAGAUGCCGCGUCCAGUGGCGUAAGCUGCCUCUCCUCCCAGCAAAGCCUGCUCAAUCACAACACCGCCGGCGGCAACGAGAGCUUGUGCGACUCGGUCGUCUCCAAGAGCAUCGGAUCGGACUCGUCACCACCUCAAACUACAGAGAGUCACCACUGGCCGGCGACUGCGUCAACCGGCCUGUCACUUUGGACGUCAGCGCCUGGAAGCAAGCAAGAUCAGCAACAGCUCGAGUGUCACGAUCACGAAGAACAACAAUUACUGCUCUUGAAGAGCUUGGUGGCUGAGCAGCAUUCAGGCAACGUUCACGGUGGUGGUGGUGGUGGCUACUUAACUUCCAUCCUCUCGGUCAGCAACAACAGCAACAGCAACAGUAGCAGCGGUGGUACGAUGACAACAUCAGCAACGGAGCUCGCGAGCAGCCAACGAGGAUUAAACAGCAGCAACAGCAACAGUAGCUUGAUUUCGCUGUCAUCGGCAGCAAACACGCAGCUCUUGUGCUCGCAUUCACACUUCCCGGGCAGUACCACGGCUGCUAUGUCAGCCACGGCAUUGCUUUUGAAGGCUUCGCAGAUGGGAGCGACGACGAGUAACUUGUCUGCGGCCAGGCCAGCAGGAUUGGAUUCCUCUUCGUCGUCUCCUUCCACAUCGUCUACGACUGCGGCUUAUAGCUUGUGGCAAGCGGCAAUGAACGAAAGCACCAUCGCCAACAGCGUGGAGCAUUCCAAAAGUUUCAACAGUGGUGACCAGUUCCAUGGAUUAACGGAUCAAAUGGUCAUGUUUAGCGAUCACCAUCAUCAGCCGCACCAGCAGCAGCAACACGGGAGUUUCAACCCGAACUCCAGCAGCGUCGACACCACUUUCACGCACGAUUUCCUGGGAGUUGGAGCAGCCCACAAAGAAUUCGCUGCUACUCUCACGACUCUGGCAUCUGGGGUUGUCUAGAUAGAUCACCGGGUUUACCUUUUUGUGUGUGUUUGAUUCGAAAAUGUCAUUGUGAUUAGCCAAGUGUGGCGCUGCCAGCAAAUGCCAUUUCAAGGCAUUUUGAGUUGACCAUUUCACCAACGUUCUUUUAAGUGUGUUUUCUUUCUCGGGCA